AUGCCCUCGGUCCCUCCGCAGAUGGAGCGCGGCCGCCGCGGCCGCCCGCCCAUGCCGCUCGUGUACGUGAACAGCUUCGGCUCGCACCGCUGCGGCACCGUGAUCCGCCUGGGCCGGGGCUGGCAGCAGAGCCCCGAGCAGAGCCCCCCGGGCCGGGCUGGGGCCCCGAGGGCCGCCCCGGAGCCGCGGAGCGGGCGCAGUCCCGGGCCGGGCGGCAGCGGGAGGAGAGCGGGCAGCGGCGGCGAGGGGAGAGCCGGCAGCCGCCCCAGCAGCGGUGACCCUCGAGAGGCUAAGGCUGACACCUUUGACUUUCCCAUCCCUUCAAGAAACGUUGAUAAAGUCAUUAAACGAAAGAAGAAAAAGUCCAAAGUCUGGCACAAAGUCUGGAAAGUGAUUUCAAAAAUGCUUGAGGAAAAUGAAAGGUUCAGAAGUCGACUGCUGACCUGCAGCCAGUUUGAUGGAGAGGGCUCUGACAGGAUGCAGAGGUCACAGAAUGGGGCAUACCUGGACAGGGAUGAGUCCAUCUUUGGCUGGGUGUAGCAAGGAAGUAAAGGAAGAUUCAGCCCCAAAGGAAAUAUAAACAAAGUGAAAGCUUUUCUUUUGAUCUAGUUCUUCCUGGAGUCAGUGCAAGUCUGCAAAGUGACUUCAGGGAACACAGGUUCUCUGUUGUUUGCUUGGUGUUUGUGCUUCUGCUGUUUAAGAGGUUUGUUUUUACAGUGGCUUAAACAGCUCUGUUGCAAGAUAUUUAUCUCAAGGCAUUAAGUCUAGUGUUUCACUGAGCUAUUAGUUUUAGAAAGCUUUUUAAUGAGCAUAAUAUUGUGACAGUUUUCUUGCAAAAGAAGAGAUACACAUUUACUGUUGUCUCUGUAUUUAUGUCUUUUAUUUUUGUAGCUUGUCAGAACAAUAAACACAAAUUCAGGAAGGCAGAACUCCACACAAGACAUAAACCCUACUUUCCUUUUUUCCUGGUUUGCAUAAAUUUGUCUUUAUGAUAUUAAAAUAUUACACAAUAACCCUCUCUGUUCUUUCAUCCAUUUAUACAUGAAUCUCAGCAAGUAUUUGGAAUAUGAAACCAGGUGGAUGUUUUCUCUCUCUGUUCAUCCUGAGGCACAUAAUGGUACCAUCACAAUCAGGAGGUGUUGUUUAUCUACCUGACUUCAAUAACACAAUAUAAUUUUCUUCUGUUCUGCAGCUUAAUACUUGA